CACGCAUCGAAGGCAGACGUACCAUUUUGAACACGUGUACACUUGUGUUUGAGCACGCGUGCGUUUUGGAAAUUUAGAUUCCAGAUUAUGCCUCUUGAAGACGAGAUCGUUCCACGAAGACGACUGACGAGCCGAGACGAGCCGAGACGAGCCGAGCCGAGCCGAGCCGAGCCGAGCCGAGCCGAGCCGAGCCGAGACGAGCCGAGACGAGCCGAGACGAGCCGAGACGAGCCGAGCCGAGCCGAGCCGAGCCGAGACGAGCCGAGACGAGCCGAAACGAGCCGAGACGAGCCGAGACGAGCCGAGCCGAGCCGAGCCGAGCCGAGCCGAUACAAGCCGGGAGCGCAGCCGAGCCGAGCCGAUACAAGCCGGGAGCGCAGCCGGAGAGAGAGCCGGGAGUGCAGCCGGAGAGAGACGUCGCUUCACGCGUCGGCACAACGAGCGACACAGCCAACGACGUCGCGGCGAAGGGCAGGAGGUGCGACGUUCGUCGGCAGCUAAGGGAAUAGAAAGGUCAGAUAGCCCUACAUUUUCAUCUAAAGAUGUUCUUAAUAUUGUUGAAUCAUUAGUUAACUUAAGAUCUUAACCUAAUCCGACAGCAGUCGCCACAU